CAAUGAGACAUAUUGCUUUGUGCGGUGAAGAAUCGAGUCAUAAAGGUAAAAGUGCGCGCUUUAAACUGUAGCGGACAAAGAUUUUACUAAACAACGAAGAAUAUUUAUGAAACGAAACAGUCCACAUGCUUGGCAUAAUCAACCAGACGUCCACAAAGAUGCCAGCUAAUAUGUUUUCGGAGGUGAAUGCAAACCAAAUUCCUGAAGACCAUCGUGCACUGCAACUUGCGUUUGAGCUCUCGGUUCUGCGGAUGAAUGGUGAUGAAGAGGUUCCAAAUCUCGCAUCAUCAACCAUGGACUCUGAAACAGCGAGGAAACGUAGUGCCAACAUGACGGAAUGUGUACCUGUACCGAGCUCGGAACAUGUAGCUGAAAUUGUUGGAAGACAAGGUUGCAAGAUUAAAGCCCUAAGAGCCAAGACCAACACCUACAUUAAGACUCCAGUCCGCGGCGAGGAGCCGGUAUUUGUCGUCACAGGACGGAAGGAAGAUGUUGGCAUGGCAAAACGAGAAAUUUUGUCAGCAGCUGAACACUUCAGUCAGAUCAGAGCAUCACGUAGAAACAGCAGUGUGUCAAGUUCAUCAUCUGUAACCACCGCUGGCCCGAACGGUCCACCCAGCCCAAGCACACCAGGACAGGUGACCAUCCAGGUACGGGUGCCGUAUCGCGUGGUGGGACUCGUCGUCGGACCAAAAGGAGCCACCAUCAAACGGAUUCAGCAGCAGACACACACAUACAUUGUCACACCCAGCCGUGACAAGGAACCCGUGUUUGAAGUCACAGGACUACCAGAGAAUGUGGAAAAAGCCAAAAUGGAAAUAGAAAGUCACAUUGCGAUCCGUACUGGAGGUGUUAUUGAUGGGCAGAAUGAGGAUGAUUUUCAAACCAAUGGCAUAGACUCUGGUUUUCAUGAAUUGCACGGAAAUUCAGAUAUCUUUGGUUUUGGCAAGGUUCAUAAUGGAAUGAAUGCUCUGAAUAAUUUUCACAAUCUCCAGAAUGGAAAUCCACUUCACAAUGGUGACACCAACAUUUUCAAUUUUCCAUCAGUCAGUGGACCGAAGAUCAAUGAUUUUGCUUUGGGAAAUAUGAUUGGAACUUUCAACUGUUUUGGAAGUUUUGACAACGACGAGGGAAUAGGUGGAUCCCCAUCCUUCGACCCAUUCAUCCCCUCUCACUCGAUGUGGUCUGAUGUGGACAACUCAAAUCUGGUAACCAGUGUCUUUACCACUAGUGCUGGCAACCCUCAUCGUGGCCCAAGUAGCCUUGGAAACAGCACCCCACGACAGAUGUCUCCUUCUAUCACCGACUCGCCCAACAGUUCAUCCAAUGGGAAUUCAAGCAGCAAUCCCCCAUCUCCACCUCUUAGCCUCUUGGAAGGUAUGGGAAACACAGGCCUGCUCAAACCAUCUUUAAAUGGGACCCAGGGCUCAAACUUCCCGCAUACCUCCGUGAUGGAUAUGGCGCUGGUCACCAGUUUAUCACCAGCUAUUACCACAGCCUCCCAUGUGAAAACGUCAGGAGGUGUCUCCAUUCCUGUGCAGGUUCCCAUGGUAAAUGGUCGCCCACGCCGACAGUGCUUAAUGUGUUCAGAUAGUGAAAUUGUGGCUGCUCUUGUUCCAUGUGGGCAUAAUCUUUUCUGCAUGGAAUGUGCAAACCUGAUCGUGGAGAAACCAGUCAGCGAGAGAAGCUGCCCAGUCUGCAGCCAAACCAUUUCUCAGGCAAUGCGCAUAUUUUCAUAAUAAUUUGGUGAAACACAAACAAUCAUCGUAGAAAAUCCAAAGAACAAAUUAUCAAAACAAUUUCCAUUUUGUUUGUUACAUUUGAGAUUAUGUGAUUUUUUUGUCAGUGAGGUUCUUUCAACUAAAAACACAGGCAGUGCUAUGCAAUGCAGAUAUGGACUUGAUUUCCUUUUGGUUAGGCUCCCACCUACUCCAGUCCUUGUGAAAGCCUGACGUUGAUUUGGCAGACUGGAAAGCUAUUCACGGCAUACCUCACAACAAGCAGCCAAAGUCAGCCAUGUUGAUUCCUGCAUGAUGUGGACCAAAUGAACAGCAGGCUUCAAACACUGUUAUUAUUUUUCUAGCCUUAAUUAGUUAUUAUAUCUUAUUAUAAGUGAGCACAGUAGUUUAAUUUUUUUAUUUGCAAAUGAAUUUAUUUUUAUAUUCCAAUGUCUCAUUGUUAACUAUAGUAUUGGUUGUUUUAUGAGAGAGCCUGAAUGUAUUAGGAAAAAAUAGCCAAGAAGAGUAGCUUUACAAUUGUCACUUUUUUUAUACCUUUUUUUUGAUUAAGUUGAGUAUUUAAUGUGCACCAGUCAACAUUGCCACCCUGGUAUCUGAGUGAAUCAAUGAAUGUAAUAGUGUGUCUCCCAAAACAUUCUCAAGGAUGAAUUCCCCAUUAUUUUUGUACGGAGUUAGAUAAUAUAUCAUGUGUUCAUUGCAACCUAUAUAGAUAUAAAAUGGUAAUAUUAAAAUGUUUAUAUUUUCAUUUCAUGCACAGGAGCAAACCUUGCUGUGAAUUAUAUCCCUCUUAACUUGAUAUAUAUAUAUAUAUAUAUGCAAUGAAAUUGAGAAAAUAGUUUAUUUUUCAACAGCACCAAUCCAGAAUUUUUGUUGUUGUUGAGUUGUUUGUGUGAGAUUUGCUGUCCAUCGAUGUCAACACUAUAUAUAAUGUAUCUUAUAUAUGUAUUGUGUAUUUUAUGCUUUUCUGUUGAGUAUAUUAAGAAUGAUUGCUGGUCAAGAUCAAACUUGGACACAAACUCCCAAGUCCUUGGAGUAUUUUUCUACAUGUGUAUCUAGUGUGCAUAAAUUUACAAUAUGUUCCCAUUGAAAUAUAUUUUUAUAUAUAUAUGACUGUAUUAUAUGUGAUAUUGACUUUACAGCUUCCAUUAUGGUAUAUGUAUCCUAAGCAUGUGGCCCCUUUGUCUACAAAUUUCUCAAACACAUUUCAACUUUAUAUGAACUCCUUGGUUUCAAUCAGUUUUGCCAAAAAUUAACUUUGCACAGAUAAAAAAAAAUAUCCCAUCACCAUGAAUUUUUUAGUCUUCUGUGAAAAUCAUAUUUAGUCAUUGAAAGCAUUUAUUCUUGAAUAUUAUCAAAGCAUAAUCAAGAAACCAGCUGUGCAAUAAAUAUAAUCAAAUUGUAAUCCCAAGUCACUCAUCUUCAUGUAUUUAGAUCUGCCUGCCAUAUCAGUUACGAUUUUUGUUAUGUAUACUAUAUAUAGAAUAAUUUUGUUGUAAACGUCAUAUCCAAUUUCUAGGUUGUGUUGUCGUGCAGUCAUCCAACUGCAUGUGUGUUAUAGAUAUUUUAUACAAAUAUGCCUAUUUGGUGCUCUGUUUUAAGUUUGCCAAUUUUAUUUCCAUGGAACUGCUAAAGUGUUGCUUGGAACAUAAAAGUUUAUGCUGAGAAAAUGCAAGGUUACAUUUGUAUGCCUUUGGGUUUUAAUGAGAUGGUCCCACUUGCUACAGAUUUUUUUCUUUGUUGCAAUUUCUUUAUAUGUUUAGUGUUAGUUCCCUAGAGAUUGUUUAUUUUGUUGAUGCUAAUUAUAGAAACUGGUCCAAUGCUUCUAUUAUAAUAAAUGUGAAUUUGCGGGUUAGGGAUGGGGGAGUGAAAAAAGGAAAUGAAAUUGUUACUGAAUCUAUUUUCUUUAUUUUUUUUUUUGUAGAAAAAAAACUUUAAUUUUUAAUUUGGCUAUUGAAUACAGGGUACUUGAACAUGACGCACUUCUGCUCAAAACUACAUACAAGUAUAUAUACUUAAAAAAAUUCAAAGCAAGCAAGAAAUCGACAAACUUGAUAACCAAAGAUAUUAUUUGUACCUUUUCCCAUUGCUAGUCAGACAUUUUAUUAUAAUCACUCAUCUGACACUUUUUAUGCUCAUUUUAGUAUCUCACAAUUGUUUUCUUUUUUUAAAUUUAUAUGAUUCAUAAUGUCAAAAGCAAGUAUAUUCACCAUUUUAGAUUUGCAAUUAGAGGAUUCUUGCCUUUUAUUUUUAUAUACAAUCCAAUCAAUAUAAACUGUGUGAGUAGCCUACCACAAUUAUUUUAUGCAUAAUGUAUCCAUGUAUGUACGUAAUACAAGUAUGUAAUGGUAUUGAUGCACUUGUGUGUAUACCAGGAGAUCUGAAUUAUAUUGUUUAUUGUGCGCACACAAAAACGUAAUGUUCCUUUCAUUGGUACAGAGAAAAAUAUAAAUUAUGCAAUUUCCAUUAUUCACAAGUAAUCGUCUUCUAUGUUUACAGUAUGUUGUUUCUCAGUUCUGGCCCAAUUGAUUGUUUUUUUUUAAAUUCUAUUUUACCAAGUUGUCAAAAGAGAUUUUACAGAAGACUGUUGAAGUAGCUGAAAAUAUUUUAUUAUAUAUAUAAAAGAAUGGCAUUGAAUGGUGGCACUUUGAAUUUUUUGACCUCAGGUCAAGGUCACUGUGGAUCUAGGUCAGGGUUAUGUAAUUGCAAAGACCAUUCCUGUGGUAUUUAGAAGAAUGAAAUAUGUUUUAUUAUUUCCAAAUUAUAUUCUGUAACAUUAUAUAGUACAAAUAUAAUGAUUUAUUUUUAAAGGCCUUGAAAUAAUUACAAUAUAAAUGUAUCAAAUUAUCCCUCCGGAUUAGCUUUUUAUUGGAAUCAAAGUGUGUAUUUAAGUAGAGAACAAAUUAUUACAGUAUUAUAUAAAGACUUAAAAAAAUAACUUAUGUAAAAAAAAAAAAAUCCUUGUAACCUUGUUGUGAUUUUGAGAGUAAUAUAUUCUGAAGCUUGGACUUUAGUGUCACUGUAUAGAGCUCCAUGUUUAGAUAGUGUUUUGUAUUUUAUUAUUAUUUACCAAUAUAUUGUAUGUCAGUUUUUGAUUAUUGAUGCAAGCGUUCAACAAAAAAGUAUAAAGAUAUUUUUUAUUUUAUCUAGGUCUCCAGUAGAGACCCACCAAUAUUAUAUUUGGUGAAAUUAUAAAAAUGUCAAGUUUUAUUUUUCUGCAAAUAAAAAUCUUACUAA